UCAAGCUAACAGGUUCUGUUUAUUUCAGAGCUCCUUAAAGACCCUAAUAUGAAAAAAUAUGGAAACUGCGAAGGAAAUCAUACGGCGAACAAGAGCUGAAGAGUCGCAUGCGACAAGGGACAGCAAAUAGACAGUUUAAAUAGACAAUGCACCUUCACCAAAGGUGAAAACAUAUCUCGCAAUCUAAUAAGUACCAAGGCGCUAUCUGACCUAUCUUCAAACCACUCGCCUGUGUUAUAACACUUCUUCAAAGCGCUGACAUAAUCGAACACCCCUCAGGCUGACGUCGCACAAAACUAACUGGCUCAAAUACAAAAAAUUUGUGAGUUCGCAAGUAGAGCUCGCCCCUCAGCAUUAGCCAAAAUCCCCACACUAAAAGGGAAGGAAGUACAAGCAGAUCGCCGACUUCAAAGCAACGCCUUAAGGAAGCAACCCACUCUUUCGACCUGCCUCUUCUUCAACAAAUAGAAAAUGCACAGCUAUGGUACAUCGAGAAACUUUCGCCAAUCAGUACAAUGAAUACCCUAUGAAGGGCUCACAAAAAUGUUGGCGCUCCGAUAAGAAACUCGUCAGGAAGUGUUUUUCAGCCAAAAACUUUUACAAAUUAAUUUUUCCAACUACAUCUUUACUACAUUAGGAAACUCAAACAAAAAAGUCAAAUCAUUAAUUUUGGCUACUUCCCAAAGAAAUGGAAAAAAUCUAUCAACAUAAUGAUGCCCAAGCCCGAAGAAGAACACACAAUUCCAUCAACGGACAGACCAAAAGGUCUACUGUCAAAACUGUUCGAAAAAUGACUUCUAACGCGAACGAGCAAGUUAACAAAUUAACAUAGUAAAUACGAUCAAAAAAAUCUAAAUCAAAUUUGAACCAGGAGCCACACGCCCACGCCAUAGCACAUUCCGUAGGAGGCGGCAACGGCGAAGAACCGGGGGCGGUGCCUGUCGAGCCUCGGAGUACGUGGCAAUGAAACUGCAACUGAAAUUCUGGUCAAAAACAAACUGAUCGUGCAAUUCUACAUUUGUUACCAAUCCCGAAACCAAUCCCAACCCGCCCACCAAGAUGACGGCCACGUUGCGUUAUCGUGGCGACAAAAGCAAUCUCCUGGAGCUUGCCAAGAAUUUGGAUGCGUUCAAAAAAGUACCGGAGAAGUACACGGAGACCACGGAAAUAGGGGGGACACUAUCCCUUUUGAGUCGCCUGCUGAUUGUGUACUUGGUCUAUACGGAACUGCAUUACUACUGGCAUGAAACGGACAUUGUGUACCAAUUCGAACCGGACAUUGCUUUGGACGAGCAGGAGCAGAUGCACGUGGACAUCACGGUGGCCAUGCCCUGCGCCUCGCUAUCCGGCGUGGAUCUGAUGGACGAGACGCAGCAGGAUGUGUUUGCCUACGGAACGCUGCAGCGCGAGGGCGUCUGGUGGGAAAUGUCUCAGCACGACCGGCUGCAGUUCCACGCCAUUCAGAUCCAAAAUCACUAUCUGCGCGAGCAGUUCCACUCGGUGGCCGAUGUGCUGUUCAAGGACAUCAUGCGGGAUCCGCAUCCGGCGCGGGAGAGUCCCUCGCAGAUGCCCGCUGCCCCGCCGCCAGGUGCUCUGCCCGUGGUGAUGGACCUGCACCUGCCCAAUGGCCAGAACAACGGAGUUGCCCUGCCGGAGAACAAGUUCGAUGCGUGUCGUCUGCACGGAACUCUGGGCAUCAAUAAGGUGGCCGGAGUGCUCUAUCUCGUGGGCGAAGCACAGCCAGUGGUCGGACUCUUCGAAGACCGCUGGAUAAACGAACUGCGGCGCAUGCCGGCGAACUUCAGGCAUCGCAUCAAUGGGCUUAGCUUCGGGCAGUAUUCGAGAAGGAUUGUCCAGCCGCUGGAGGGCGACGAGACAGUGAUCCACGAGGUGGCCACCACUGUGCAAUACUUCCUGAAGGUCGUGCCCACGGAGAUCCAUCAGACAUUCAGCACCAUCAAUACUUUUCAGUACGCCGUCACCGAGAAUGUGCGGAAACUAGAUUCCGAGCGAAACUCGUACGGCUCUCCUGGAAUUUACUUCAAGUACGACUGGUCAGCUCUCAAGAUUAUGGUGGGCAACGAUCACUUGGUCACCUUCGCCAUCCGCCUGUGCUCGAUUAUAUCCGGAAUUAUUGUCAUCUCGGGCGCCAUCAAUUCGCUGCUGCUGGGCAUCCAACGUCGCCUGCUGCGCACUUUUGCUCCGGAGAUGUACCAGCGGCUGACCAAUGCCAAGGCCGCUCCUCCCGCUGCUGCUGCUGCUCCAUUAUCGAUUUCCGCCCAGGCUGCGGCAGCGCCGCCCGUCAACGAGCUGCUGCACACGGCCAACCUGAUGGCCAACGUGGACAUCUCGGCCUAUCUGCCCACGGCGCCACCGAAGCUCAAAGCUGGCCUCUAGUCUUUAGAAUGCCAGCGAAUCUCAGUCUGCAAUCUGCUAACCG